AUGCGGUUUUUCACAUCUCUCGCCCUCCUGGCACUCACCAUCGCUCCCAUCGACGUGCUUGCUGGACACAUACGUCGCGCUCUUGGAGAAACAGCGCCAGAUUCGUACAUUGUUGUUUUGAAGAAGGGCUCCGACCAAGCGGCACAUAUCAACACCAUUUCCAGCACCUUUUCUAUCCUGGACACUUCAAACACGGCCAUUGUGAAGCAUAGAUAUAGCAGAGCUCUCAAUGGAUACAGUGCAAAGAUUACCGGUGCCGCCUUGCAGAGACUCGCCGCCAACCCAGACGUCGACUAUAUUGUCCCUGAUCACAUCGGAAGCGUUCGGAUGGAGGAAGCCAAACCAUCGAGGCGGGCUGUCGUCGACGCCUUUGGUCGCGCGACAGCUCAGGCUACAAACGGUACGAAUGGCCAAGGUGUGGACAUAUACGGGAUAGAUACGGGUAUUUACCUGGCUCACAAUGACUUUGGUGGUCGAGCCGUCUGGGGAGCCACAUUUGGCGGCUAUAACGAUACUGAUGACUCUGGUCAUGGGACGCAUACCGCCAGCACGGCUGCCGGUGCUCAAUACGGUAUAGCGAAAGCCGCCAAUAUCAUUGCCGUAAAGGUCCUCGGUGCAUCAGGAAACGGCGGAUACUCUGAUAUUAUUGCUGGUAUCGAAUGGGUCAUGCAGCAAGCUGCUGCUAGUGGACGACCGAGUGUAGCCAAUAUGAGCCUCGGAGGACCUCAAGACUCUACUCUCGACAAUGCAGUCAAGAAUGCAAUCGCUUCAGGAGUUCACUUUGCCAUUGCUGCAGGUAACACAGGCACAGAUGCAAGUUUCUCGUCGCCUUCAUCUGUCGAAGAAGCAAACGUCGUUGGGGCCUCGGAUAGUGACAACAAAGCCGCGUCGUUCUCCAAUAUUGGACCACUUUUAGAUGUCUUUGCUCUCGGAGUGGACGUUACCGCUGCAUGGAUCAACGACCCGAGUGACACCAGAGUUCUUAGUGGCACGUCGAUGGCUUCACCGCGAGUAGCUGGCUAUCUCGCCACUGCACUCGGAAAGCGUGGCAGGACAUCUCCUUCAGAGCUAACUGCAGCACUCGUCUCCCACGCAGAAGCUGUUAUCACAGGGCAGCCUUCCAAUACUACCGACCUUCUCGCCGAGCUCUUCUCCUGA